CAUGCAAGAAGAUGGGCCGGGAGAGGAGGAUGAGAAAGGCGUGGGGAGCUGUUUGAACUAUGCUCUGUGGCUCACCACAUGUUGCUUCGCUUGCUUCUGUUUCAGUGUAAGUGCCUCCGGAUAUUGGCAGUCAAAAAUGUCUUCAAAGGUCGACUCUCCAGCCCUCAGCCAGCAGUGGGCCUCACACCCUGCCUAUACACGGUAUUGGCAACAUUACCACCAGGCCAUGGCCUGGAUGCACAGCCACCAGCCGGCCUACUGGAAGGCUGUAGAGGCUUGCCAGGGUACUGUGUGUCAUGCGCCUCCCAAUGACACAUCCCAGACACCAGGCACUGAGGAUGGGGACCUGUCUCUGCACUUUGGGUGCCCCAAGGAGCCCUAUGACCCUCAGCAUGGUUAUUCCCCAUGCCCAUGGGGAGAGCAGCCCCUGCCCCAUUACCAGGCCCUGUUGGAGCAUAUGUUGCCAUCAUCAUCAUCAUCAUUAUCAUUAUCAUCGUCAUCAUCUUUGUCAUCAUCAUGGUUGUCAUCAUCUGACUCUGAGGAGCUGGAAUGUGAUAUCAGCAACAUGGAAAUCACUCAGGAGCUCCGGGACUACUUUGCACAGACUGAGAAGCACCAAGAGGAACGAAGGCUGCAGCAACAGAUGGAGGAAAGGCGCCUGGAAGACUACGUCGAGGCCGACCAUGACCUGUACUACAAUCUACAUCCGCGCUCAGUGGAGCCCCCCAGCCACAGAGUCUGGGAGCGACGCCUGGUGGAGAUGAAAAGACUGUAUGGGGACAGUGCCAGCAAGAUACAGGCCUUAGAGGCAACCAUGCAGCUGAGCUUCGACACAUACUGUGACCAGAAGCAGCCCAAGUACUGGCCUGUCAUUCCAUUCAUGUUCUGAGGGCAGCCCCUGGAAGUCCCACUGAG